UCGUGCACACAUUUAAUCUAGAAAUGCACGAAUGUGAAUUCGUUGGGUUUGUAUAAGAAAAAUCUAGGUCGAGCUUUCAUAUUUUAAAGCUGUCCAAUAUGUGGCUAUACAAAAAGAAGAAUUUAAUCUGACAAAUACGUACAACACGAUAAAGGAUGAUAGGAGGAAUCUGUCAGUAAUACUUUUGAACAGAUUUCUACAAAGAACACCCCGCGAGGAUGCAGCGAGUCCUUAGUCUUCAAAUGACUCGCAAUAUUGGCGAGUCCAGUGAAUACGUGACGAAACGAUUGUGUUUCUCGUUUCUCUUCUCGGUUGGUUUCCUAUGUCUCCUAUGCGGUUUUCUGCUGGGCCGCUUCACCGUUGAGAGAUCGUUGGAGGCCCAGGCACAAAAGAUGCGAAGUGAAUUAGCCGGAAAUGGUCUCCAAAACACAGAGUAUCUUCAGGAAAUACUGCUCCAGGAAUUGGAAAGAGCGUCACUCGACUAUGAUCGCACGACAAAUAGACAGACGUCAGAUGAAGAUAUGCGACGCAUAAGUGGGCUCUUUUCCAACUUGUCACUCAUUCAUAAAGUGUACAACCAUGCACCAUGCAUUCAUGCGACUGUCCGCGGUUCACGAGAACCAGAUAGAUAUGUUAUCUUAUCCGUUAAUGAAGACGGUAUAACAUUAGCUCUGGAAUUGGCGCAAGUUCUAGACAAAAUAUGUUCAGGGCACAAUUGGCGACCACGACGAAGUUUAAUCUUUUGCAUGUCUUUUACAUCUUCGGAUAUUUGCCCACAAGCUCUGCCUACAUUUAUAUGGCGAAGAGCUGUAGCUUACGUGACGGUGCACGGUCGUUUUAUGCGAGCUAACAAUCACGCAGUUUUAUUCGGAUCAGAUAUUAUGCGAUCCAUAGCUGUCGAAGCAAUCAGGACAAUACCCGGCGAUAAUAACUGGACAUAUCUCGAACACGAAGUAUUCGGUCCCCGCCUUUCUCUAGAUAUUCCGCAAGUGAUAUUUUCGUUCAAUGAUAACAGCCCUGCGAACAAUCAUCACAAUCAAAAUUCCCAACUACACGACAUAACUCUGGCUCAGAUGGUUGGCCAAACUAUAUGGCGACUGUCCGAAUGUACAGUUACUCAAUGGAAACCUAAAUAUUUUAACGAAACCGUUAAUGAAAUAUUGGCGUCUAUUAACACUAGCAGAUUUCAAAACGCAAAGGAGAAACUGAAGAAAACAUUAAGAAUAUUGCUCACAGCCGUGGAAGAGCUUAAUGCAGAAAUCAACAUGACAGAUGAUAUCCAGAUGCUGCAUAUGAGGAUAUGGAAUGAUCUGCUUCUGGACCUGGAUAAGGCGCUUCUGUGUCCUGAUAAAAUCGAUUCGCAUUCCAGAACUGAUCUAGUGCCGUUUCGGAAAUUGUCGCACGAUUCUAUUAGUGAAUCUACCAUAUUAGCUUAUCUCGACCAGAUGACGAAAUGUUAUGAGGACGCUAUAGAAAUUCUGCAAGAGAGAUAGGACAAAAAAGAGAACCUUCUCUCUCGAGAAGAAAGAUUUCAGAAAAUACAUAUUAUAGAUUGCAAGACAUCUGCUUCUUGAUGUGACAAUAUACAUUUUUCAUGAA